ACAAGAACUCCGGGGAAGAAGUGAAGUUAGUAACAUGCAUUAAUGGGACAUGAAUGAGUGCAGAAAGAGAGAGAGCAUAAAGUCAUAUCAUGUCAGUACCCGCGCUGCAGCGUUCUGAAUUAAUUGGAGCGUUUUAAUGGACUUAUUGGGGCAACCUGAUAAUAAAGAGUUGCAGUAAUCCAGCCUUGAAGUAACAAAUGCAUGGAUUAGUUUUUCUGCAUCUGUCUGUGAUAGUAUGUGUCUAAUUUUUGUAAUAUUACGUAAUCCAUGCAUUUGUUACUUCACUUGUUACUGCAGCACGAGUACUGACAGGAACUAGAAAAAGAGAUCACAUCUCUCCUGUACUAGCUUCUCUGCACUGGCUCCCUGUAAAAUGUAGAAUAGAAUUUAAAAUCCUCCUCCUCACCUAUAAAGCUCUUCAUGGUCAGGCCCCUUCAUAUCUUAAAGAGCUCAUAGUACCCUAUUACCCCACUAGAACACUACGUUCUCUGAAUGCUGGGCUACUUGUGGUUCCUAUAGUCUCUAAAAGUAGAACAGGAGCCAGAGCCUUCAGUUACCAAGCUCCUCUCCUGUGGAACCAGCUUCCAGUUGUGGUUCAGGAGGCAGACACCCUCACCACAUUCAAGAGUAGGCUUAAGACAUUCCUCUUUGAUAAAGCUUAUAGUUAGGGCUGGAUCAGGUGAGUCCUGAACCAUAAAUAUUAUAAUUAGAACAAGAUAUUACAAACAUAAAUGUCAAUUUGCCAAAUCAAUUCCAGUGUUGCAGGCACUUAAAAAAGAGUUCACAAUACUAAAUAAAUAUAUAAAGAAAGUCAAAAUAGUAACCUAUAUAUAUAUAAUAGCUAACCUGAACCUUUCUUGCUAACAUUAUUGUUAACAAAAUACUAUCUGAGUGGAUGUUAGUUGGCUAAUGUUAGCUUCCCCAUCUAACAUGAUCCAUGAUACUAACUUAUAGAUUUUAGCCAACAAUAAUGAUGCUAGCGGUACGGUAACGGUUGCUUUGCGUGGUGUAGUAACAUUACACAUAUAGAGAUGAUGAAUGUAUUUUACAGUUAUGUCACUGCUUUAGCUGAUAUCUCUGAUGGCUCCGCCCACUUCUUCAUACAUUAUGCUGCAGUAAGAAAAAGGUGUGUCCUCUGUGUCUGUACCACAGACGUCCAACCUGGAGUCUCAAGGUAAGUUUGGUUCACAGGACUGCUUCAGUUAUUUGAUAUUGUUGAUUCGAGAUGAACCCACAGAGAGUUCAACACGAGUACAAACCUGCUGCUGUCUGACCUCUCAAGAAUGUCUUCGUUUAUAAACCCUCCUCUGUGUUUACUCCCUCUCUCUCUCUCUCUCUCUCCCUCUCUCUCUCUCUCUCUCUCUCUCUCUCUCUCUCUCUCCCCUCCCCCUCUCUCUCUCCCUCCCCCUCUCCCUCUCUCUCUCCCUCUCUCUCUCUCUCCCUCUGUGUACUGCCGGCUGUCAGACUGAGUGAGUUUGUUCUGUCCAUCAGCAGCUGCAGGUAGAAGCUCCAGUUUGGUGACAUUGUUGGUUGAGAUAAUGUGAAAUCUGCUACAGUGAUCUUUUCAAGUUUUUCAGGACACUUUCUUAAAGAACCGGCACCUAUUUCUGCCCAGUGUGACGGAAAAAAGGAUUCUGUAAGUCAAAAUAAAAUGUAUUUAAUAUAAAACAUUGACUUUGAGGUAAUGAUAUAAUAUUUUGAGGUUUCUGAUUCACUUGCACAACAUGGGCAGAAAUGUUUCCAUAGGAACAAGAACAACAGUGUCACAUUCUUUCUUCAGUUCAGGAAAACAACAGAAUAAUUCCUCGGAAAUAGUUUGGUUGAGUAAUUCUGUCUGGGUGGGUUUCAUAGUUUACUGAUGAUGAUGAUGAUGUUCUUUUAAUGUUAAUACAACCACUCAUUAAAUGGUGGUGGUUCCUCAGAUACAGAUCCAGCUGCUGUAGGGGGACUGACGGUCUCUGUUCUGGGGUCAGUGUUGGGACUUUGGAUGUUUUUGUGGCUAUUUCCCUGUAAAGAACUCAUAGGACCCGGACCCCGACUGGAGCAACACACUGUGGACUGAUGGACUGUCGGGACUCUGUUGUUUCCUGCCUGAGCUGGAUUCUGAUCACUGGGGGCGUGGCCUACCUGCUGCACCAGACUCGAAACCACACUAAGUACGGCCGCUACGUGUCGGCGGAGGGUCGCUGCUGCCCGGCCAAACUGGGCUGGUUCCUGCAGGAGGUCCCGGCCUUUCUGGUGCCGCUGCUGCUGCUGCUCGCCGAGGACCCAGGGACGAACAGAACCGGGACCGGGAGGACACUACUGCUCUGCACCUUUAUGCUGCACUACUUCCACAGGAGUUUUAUCUACGCCUUCCUGACCAGAGGACGACCCGUCCCGCUGCCCAUCGUCCUCUACGCCGCCAUCUUCUGCUCGCUCAACGGCUUCCUGCAGGGACACCACCUGCUGCACUGCGCCCGGUUCCAGCACACCUGGCUCACAGACGCUCGCAUGGCUGCAGGUUUCCUCCUGUUCCUGCUCGGUAUGGCCGUGAACAUCCACAGUGACCACAUCCUGCGCAGCCUGAGGAAACCUGGAGAGACCGUGUACAGGAUCCCCCGUGGGGGGAUGUUUGAGUUUGUGUCUGGAGCCAAUUUCUUCGGGGAGAUGUUGGAGUGGUUCGGUUACGCUGUCGCUGUCUGCUCUCUACCGAGCUUCGCCUUCGCCCUCUUCACCGUCUGCUCCAUCGGACCCAGAGCCUACCAGCACCACAGGAGACUGAACCUGUUCAUUUCCUGUUGAUGGAUCACUCGCCCCCCCCCACCGAUCCUGAACCUGUGUACUUC